GAAAUCAAUUUAAAUAGCCCUCUCUGUCCUUCCUCAAUGGUAAUCUGUAGUGUCUGCCAUCUUCCCGCCUACCACAGCGUCCAAUAUGAAGAAUUUCGAAAGAGAUAUAAACUCUAUCAUAACGCAUGCGUUUCAGAUUCAUGCAAAGCACGGCUGCAAGAUCUAUGUCUUGAUACAAGGCAAAGGAAAGACUAUUACCUUCAAUUCUGAGCACUUUCCAUGGCCCCUAGGAGACCAGCUUCUUAUUCCGGGGAAAUCAACCUUUAGGUACUCCGUUCCUGAUUUGAUCCAAGCUUUUGCUGGUCGCAGGGAGCGCAAGCUGUUCAUUCAGAUGGCAAGCUACUUUUGUCACCUAGGGGAGGCUUGGGGUCUUGUCCCUGUCGAAUUGUCAAGGCAGCCUGAGGCGACUCUACAAGUAGGCAUGGAUCAGCAAGCUAAUGAUUCCAUUACUGAUAUCGAGGAUGGAACGGAAUCGCAGGACAUGUAUUGAAGCUCUUUCGACAAGACUUGAAACAAGAAGGCAAGAUCGUGUCAGGUAUCUUAGGGAUAUGUUUCAUAAUUUCUUUGGUAAUUUACAAGGUUUAUUAUAUAUAGGUUUCAUCGAUUUGUUGUUGCGUUUUCACCAAAUGUCUGCCAGAAUGCAACUUCUUGAGACAGUGUACUUGACCUCCCUACUUUUACCCUUUAUACUGCUAUUUGUUUACUCAUGUUUUCGCUUUGUCUGUUACUGUUUUCAAAAUAGUAUCCUCUUAUUCUCAUCCACUACUGCCUAUGUUCUGUAUAAGAAGUAUCUUAUAUACCCGCGGUUGAACCUGCCACUUCUUGGUAUCAAUAAACUUUCACCAAUUCAGUUCUUAAUUAUGUUAAUCUAUUCUGGACUGACCUGCGCUUGCAAUCUUUUGUGGGUAAAAACAGCUGACCAGGCAGCUUCGCGCGCAGCAAAGCUUUCCUUGCUUAAUCUUUUGCCUCUAUAUCUUGCUGGUGGACAUGAGUUCGGUGCACGCUUAUUAUUUAUACCAUUGGAGACAUAUGGGAUACUUCACCGCACAGCAGGAUGGAUGGCUAGCAUAGAAUGUGCUAUUCAUAUCAUCAUCAUCUAUGCAAAGCAUAGGGAUCAAGGCACAGAUGAUUCCAGGUUCUAUGGCAUUGUGGCAAGAAGUAUGAUUCUCGCUCUCCUAUUUCUGCCAAUGGUUAAACGAAGAGUGUAUGAGGUAUUCUUGGUAACACACCUAGCAUGUGCAUUUGUCGGGCUGUACGCUAUAUGGAAACACCUCCAUAUACAAAAGAGCAGCUCGGUUCGUUUAAUAUGGGUCUGUCUUUCCACUGUUGUUGUCACAAGCAGUCUCCAACUCUGCCGUAUCUUGUAUCGGAAUGUUCACACACGCCGAUCUGCACGGAUAGUGUGUUCCUUUAUAGGAGAUGAGGUCAUACGUGUCGCUAUUCAUAUGCCACGUCCAUGGGCUGUGAGAGCAGGCGAGCGGGUCAACCUUGGAAUACCUGGUCUUGGAAUUUUCUACAUUUUCCAAGCACAUCCUUUCUCUGUUGCCUGGUGGGAAAAUGAUACUGGGACUGGCUCCUCUCCAAUUUACCUGAUGUUCCGUGUCCGAAAUGGCUUCACAAGGAAGAUUCGGGGCUGCUUAAAUCCCGGACAAGAAUAUCGAGCAUGGGUCGAUGGACCUUUCGGACCUAGUUCUUCCCUGCCUAAUGAUAUGAGUCUCUAUGGCCAUAUACUUAUGGCAACAAGUGGCAUUGGUAUCGCAGCUCAAAUUCCAUACAUCAAAGAGAUACUACAUCGAAGAAGCACAGCAGAAGCUUGUACGGAGCGUAUCUCGCUCAUUUGGGAGCUUGAUCGAUCAGGUGAGUAUAGCGGUGCAGUUGACUGGCUACAGGAACUCAUAAGUCAGGACCAAAGCUAUGUUCUUAAUAUUGAGAUAUAUACGGGGGUUAACAUGAUUACCGAAAAAUUUGUCGCUCUUGGUGACCAUGAUCUUAUUAAGAUACACGCAGGAAACAUUGAUUGGGAGCGGAAGGUUCAAGACGAAAGCAAUCGACAGAAAGGCAGACAGUUAGUGGCAGGUCAGUAUUUGGGCUCUCGAGAGACCCUGGGUCUAUCUGUAAAACCUGGCGAUGUUCGUCUUAAGGCUGAGGAUGGAAUACAAUAUGCUUGGCAUAUUGAUGAUAUCUCGCUAAAACAUCUGUUUGAUAAACAUCUGAGCAAGCAUUCGGUUGGGGCCUACCAAAGACUCUGUUCGGAGGUUGGACAGUCAUUUUGGGCAAUCUAUAAUGAGCCCACAAAAAAGGAAGAUUUGGCACGCAGCGAAGAGAUUGAGCACCUAGAGCAAGAGAAAAGAAUUCUCGUUGAAAAGCUCGCUGAGGCUAAGACUAAAAUUGCGGAACUACAUGACAAAAUUGAGUCAGUGGAAGCUCAGCGAGACAGCCUCGAAGAAUCUAUCAGUGAAUCAAACCAGACCCUUCUUUUACACCAAGAAGAAGCACAAAGAUGGAUGACAGUUGCAGAUUGCUACCAAAAUAGCUUUCUAUAUGUUUCUGAUGCACUUGCUCAUGUGGUUUCAUAUCUCCAGGGCGUUGAAGGUAACUCGUAUACACUCGGUACUAGUUAA